CCGGAAGUGAGCGCGCCCGCUUCCGGCAGCCGGCCGCGGAGAGCAAGGAGUGUCGGGAAUGGCGACCAAGCGGCUGGCGCGGCAACUUGGACUAAUUAGGAGAAAGUCAAUUAUACCAGCAAAUGGGAACCUAGGAACAAGAAAAUCUAAGCAAGCAUAUGAUUACUUAAUUGUAAUUGAUUUUGAAUCUACAUGCUGGAAUGAUGGGAAGCGCCACAAUAGCCCUGAAAUAAUUGAAUUUCCAGCAGUAUUAUUGAGUACAUCAACUGGAGAGAUUGAAUGUGAAUUUCAUACUUAUGUUCAGCCUCAAGAACAUCCAGUUCUUUCUGAAUUCUGCAUGGAACUGACAGGCAUAAAGCAGGUUCAAGUGGAUGAAGGUGUCCCUCUGAAGAUUUGCUUAUCUCAGUUCUGUAAAUGGAUUAGUAAGAUUCAGCAGCAAAAGAAAAUCAUUUUUGCUUCUGAGGUUACAGAGCCUACUUCUGAAGUAAAGUUAUGUGCAUUUGUUACUUGGUCAGACUGGGACUUGGGGAUUUGCCUGGAGUAUGAGUGUAAAAGAAAACAGCUGUUAAAACCUGUAUUCUUAAAUUCUUGGAUUGAUCUCAGAGCAAUGUACAAGCUUUUCUAUAAAAGAAAACCCAAAGGAUUAAAUGGUGCCUUGCAGGAAGUGGGAAUAGAAUUCUCAGGACGAGAACAUUCUGGGUUAGAUGAUUCUCGGAACACUGCUCUACUUGCUUGGAAAAUGAUCAGGGAUGGUUGCCUGAUGAAAAUUACGAGAUCAUCCAACAAGGUUCCCUCUAAGAAGAAUCCCAACAUUUUGGCCAGGAGUUUGAAUACAGAUCAAGCUGAAGAAACAUCUUGCAAUGUUGGUAUUCAGGGUCCCAGCAUAUAUCAAAGGGAGCCUAACAGUGCAAAUACUCAUGAAAAAGUUCAAAUGAGUUCAGUUUAUGUGAACUCCUCUAUAAAGGUGCAGCAGGAUCAGUUACAACUGAAGAACAGUAUAAAAGCAGGCCUGCACAAUGUCCAAACUUGUUUACCUCUUUUUAGCAAUCAGCCUUCUAGUUCUGUGGGACAGUUGCAGUCUCCUACCUUGAAUUUACCUCUUUAUAUGCAGAAGCAAAGAAAAAAUGAACAGCUUGCACUUAAUGCUAAAUCAAAGUCUUCAACAUCUAGUUCCACAUUGGUUCUUGUGUCUACAACCAUUCCCUCCAUUAAUCAUGUUUCUGAUAUGGAAAUGAGUUCUACUCUUGACUGCUUGCCUAUGUUGGAUGAUUGGGAAGAUGUAGUUUUACUGCCAUCAUCUCAUCCUAAGCAAGGUACAGGUUGUAUGUCUCCUCUUAGUAAUACAAACAUAUAUACUUCACUGAAUUCUGAAGAAAGAUCAAUGGUUUUAAAAGAAUCAGCAAAACAAAGUCAUGAUAACUUUGGAGGCAGCCAGGAAACUCCUCAAAAAUUUGAAGCCUCAAAGUCUGUUGUGUACAAGAGUCCUCAUACUACAAUUUAUAACAUUAAAGAAGUGGGAUGUCCAGGUUCAGAUGUUUCUUCAUUUAAGUUACCUGAAUCCAAGUCAUAUUCAUUCAACAAUGAUGAUGCCUGUGCAUCUUUUCCUUCAGUUUUGGGGAAACAACCUCUUUUUGGUGGCACUAAAAGGAAUUCAUCUAAUCUCCCUGCUUUCCCACCAGCCAAAAAGCAGACCUUCACUAUUCAUGAAGAAAAGCCUACAUCAUCUGAUUGUUCACCAGUAAAUUCUUUCCAGAAAGUUAUCCCCUCUAUAUUGUCUACAGUUAAUCUACAGGAGCCUUGGAAGAAUGGGAAAAUGACACCUCCCUUAUGCAAGUGUGGCCGAAGAUCUAAGAGGCUUAUUGUCUCUAAUAAUGGCCCGAAUCAUGGAAAAGUCUUCUAUUGUUGCCCUGUUGGGAAAUACCAAGAAAAUAGAAAAUGUUGUGGUUUUUUUAAAUGGGAACAAACACUUCAAAAGGAAAGAGCCAACAGCACAGUACUGUCUCAUUCCACAGAAGGACUCAUUGUUACUUCUCCAGACACAUGCCAUAUUUAUGACAGAAAUUUAAAUUUACCUACUAAAAAGUCUUUACGACUCAGGCCUUCAAUGAGGAGUUGAUAAACACUCUUUACCUUGUUUUUCAUCUGUUAUGUGUAGAUUCAUGUGUGUGGGUCUGCAGGCGCACAUAUGUGGAUGUAUGUGUACAUAGAGGACAAAGGACAACCUAGAGUUAUCGUUCCUCUCAGGUUCCAUUCAACUUUCUUCCUUUCUUUCUUUUUCUUUUUCUUUUUUAAUACAGUAUUGCUAAUUGUCCAAGAGCUUUCCAGUACACUAGACUGGCUGGCCAGCAAGCCCAAGUAUUCUCCUGUCUCUGUAUCCCCAGGGCUAAGAUUAUAAGCAUAACCAUGUACCAUCACACUCACCAUUUUUACAUAGGUUCUGAUGAUUGAACUCAUAUCAUCAUGCUUGCAAGACACACAUUUUAUCCUUUAUCGACUAAGCUAUCUAAUUAGCAACAUCUGAGCUAUGUUACUAGUUUUAGUAGAGCUAAAUGGUUUUUAGUGUAGAAAAACUAAAAGGCAUAGAGCUACAAGUUAUAGAGACUUAGUGUAUCUGAGCUCUAGGUACAAUGGAGCAGUUCACAUAACAUACACGCACAGUGCACUCACAUACAAACAGAGCAGAUUUCAUGACCCUCUGUAGUUGCCUAACAUUAUCUUUGGUUUGUUUAUGUAUGAAUACUGGUUGUUCCCAAAAUUCUCAAAUUUGAGCAUUUUGGUAAUGUCUUACAUAAUUUCAUUUUUAUUUCAUAUAUUAAUGUUUGUUGAAUUUAUAAUACCAUCUUAGGAACAUCAGGGUUUUUUAUUUACUAUAUUAAGUUUAACAAGCAACAAAAGUACAUGAUAUCCAUUUUUAAACAAAUUUUAAACUAUUUUUAAAUUAUUUGAAUAAAAUUACAACUAAUAAAAACCCCUGGUCAAUUUUCAGAUAAGACCUGUGGCAAUCUUCUAACUUACUAUUUUUUCUCUAAACACUUGCAAGGUAUUUAGUCUUAUUUCAAGGUUUGAAGAUUGGUUCGUCCUGAUUUGUAUAUUAAUACUGAAAUUAUCCAAUUAAGUUUGAAAACUAGCAGGGAAAAAAUUUAGUUCAGAAGCUGCUUCUAUAAACUACGUAUCAAAAAUUCUCACAAUGAUUGAGAUGGGGAGGUAAUAUGAUGGAGAAUGGAAUUUCAAAGGGGAA